CAUAAGAGACUCUUAAAUACUGAGAACAAAGCGAGAGUUGAUGGAGGGUGGGGGAGUGGGGAAAAUGGGUGAUGGGCAUUGAGGGCACCUGUUGGAAUGAGCACUGGGUGUUGUAUGGAAACCAAUUUGACAAUAAAUUAUAUUUAAUAUAUAAAAAAGAAAGUAGGGGUAGAAGGGACAUACCUCAAGAUCAUAAAGGCCAUAUGCAAAAGACACACAACUAAUAUCCUCAAUGAGGAAAAACUGAGAAAUUUCCCACUAUGAACUCCACCACGAAAUAUCAAGACACAGAUGUCAUGGGUAUACUGUGCACACCAGCAGUCUCCUGUUCUGUCUCCAUCUCUGCAAAAUUUCCCAGCCAGUGACCCCUUGGAUGGCUGCCCAAUAUCCUCCUCACUGCUCUCCUUCCAGAACUCACCAUAUCCACCAGACUCCCUGUUCCCCAAGUACUUCAGUCUGUGCAUUGCAUCUGACAAAGUGUCCUCAACAUUGUUUUCCAAUUUUAUAUUCUGCUCUUCAUCUGUGUCUUCUCAAUAAUGGUAAAAAUAGUUUGAGACUGUUCCAUCUAGUCUUUUUUUUAAAGUUUAUUUCAAGUUAAUUAACAUACAGUGCCGUUUUGGUUUCAGGAGAGGAACCCAGUGAUUCAUCUCUUACAUAUGACACCCAGUGCUCAUCCAAAAAGUGCCCUUCUUAAUACCCAUCACCCACUCAGCCCAUUACCCCACCCACCUCCCCUCCAGCAACCUUCAGUUUGUUCUUGGUUUUUAACAGUCUCAUGGUUUGCCUCCCUCUGUUUUUAUCUUGUUUUUCCUUCCGUUUUGCCAUGUUCAUCUGUUGUCUUUUUAAAAUUUCAAUAUGAGUGAAAUUAUUUGACAUCUGUCUUUCUCGGACUGACAUAAUUCACUUCGCGUAAUGCUCUCUAGUUCCAUCCAGAUUGUGGCAAAUGGCAAGAUUUAAUUUUUUUUGUUCCCUGAGUAGUAUUCCAUUGAGUACAUCUUUAUCCAUUCUUCUGUCAGUGGAUAUUUGGACUCUUUCCAUACUUUGGCUAUUGUUGAUAGUACUGCUAGAAACAUUGGGGUACAUGUGCCCCUUUGAAUCAGCAUUUUUGUAUCCUUUGAUUAAAUACCUAUUAAUGCAAUUGCUGGGUUGUAGGGUAGUUCUAUUUUUAGUUUUUUGAGGAACCUCUACACUGUUCUCCAGAGUGGCCACACUGGUUUGCAUUCCCACCAGCAGUGCACCAGGGUUCCCUUUUCUCCACAUCCUCUACAACAUUUGUUAUUUCUUGAGUUGUUAAUUUUAGGCAUUCAGACAGGUGUGAGAUGGUAUCUCAUUGUGGUUUUGAUUUGUAUUUUCUUGAUGAUGAGUGAUGUUGAGCAUCUUUUCAUGUGUCUGUUGGCCAUCUGGAUGUCUUCUUUGGAGAAGUGUCUAUUCAUGUCUUCUGCCCAUUUCUUCACUGGAGUAUUUGUUUUUUGGGUGUUGAGUUUGAGAAGUUCUUUACAGAUUUUGGAUAUGAGCCAUUUAUCCAAUAUGUCAUUUGAGAAUUUCUUCUUCCAUUCUGUCGGUUGCCUUUUAGUUUUGUUGAUUGUUUGCUUUGCUGUGCAGAAGCUUUUUAUAUUGAUGAGGUCCCAAUAGUUCAUUUUUGCUUUUAUUUCCCUUGCCUCUGGAGAAAUGUUCAAUAAGAAGUGGCUGCAUCCUAGGUCAAAGAAGUUGCUGUCUAUUUUCUCCUGUAGAAUUUUGAUGGUUUCCUGUCUCACAUUUAGGUCUUUCAUCCAUUUUCAAUCUAUUUUUGUGUAUGGGGUAAGAAAGGGUCCAGGUUCAUUCUUCUGUACGUCGCUGUCCAGUUGUCCUAACACCAUUUGCUGAAGAAACUGUCUUUUUCCAUUGGAUAUUCUUCCCUGCUUUGUCAAAAUUAGUUGGCCAUAUACUUGUGGGUCCAUUUCUGAGCUCUCCAUUCCAUUUCAUUGAUCUAUGUGUCUGUUUUUUUGUGCCAGUACCAUACUGUCUUGAUGAUUACAGCUUUGUAAUACAUCUUGAAGUCCAGAAUUGUGAUGCCUCCAGGUUUGGUUUUCUUUUUCAACAUUCCUUUGGCCAUUCAGUCUUUUCUGUUUCCACACAAAUUUUAGAACUCUUUAUUCUAGCUCUGUGAAGAAUGCUGGUAUUAUUUUGAUAGGGUUGCAUUAAAUGAGUAGAUUGCUUUGGGCAGUAUGAACAUUUUAACAAUAUUUGUUCUUCCAAUCCAUGAACAUGGAAUAAUUUUCUAUUUCUUUGUUUCCUCUUCAAUUUUUUCAUAAGCUUUCUAUAGUUAAGCAAACAGAUCUUUUUAUGUCUUUGCUUAGGUUCCUUUCUAGAUAUCUUAAGGGUUUUGGUGCAAUUUCUAAAUGGGAUCAAUUCCUUGAUAUCUCUUUUUGCUGCUUCAUUAUUGGUGUAAAGAAAUGCAGCUGAUUUCUGUAGAUUGAUUUUAUAUCCUGCACUUUGCAGAUGACAUGAUAGUCUUCAUGGAAAACCUGAAAGUCUCCACCAAAAACAGCUAGAACUGAUCUAUAGGUUUUUACCUCCAACGUAUUCACUAAUGCAUUUCUAAAUUUAUGUAUCUUCUAUAAUAUAAUCUCUGUUAUGGCUUCAAAACUUCAGUUUUCUUCUCUACUCUUUCAGAUGUGUAAUAUGGAUAACAUAAUGAGUUUCCUAUAUUCUUACUGUUCUAUAAUCUCAGCUAUGAUAAAUGACUUAUAGAGAGUCUGACGUCCAUUCAUAUUGUACACUCACCUCCACACACCUAUUUCCAGAAACAGUUGCUCCCAGGGCUGUCUUGAAGCUGUAAGGGGUGGAUAGUCAUGGAAACCUUGUCCUGUGGCCUCCACUCUCCCAACAUAGCAUCUGAUGAGGAAAAUUUGGGCAGUGAUGGCUCCCAUGGGAGCCACACAUUCACACAUGUACUGACACCCAUGUGGGGCUCCAACGGAAGGAAGCACUUUACACACAGACAGAGGGAACAUGGCUCAGUGCUGACCUUGGGCUGGAUCAGUGGGCAGAGACAUGUCAGGUCCCACUCCACACAUGGUGGAAGGUCAUGAAGCUUCCACAGUCACCCAGAAAGCACAUGCCCUUCCUGCCUGUGAACACCUGGCUGCCCCUCCUGGCCACACAGAGGCAGAAAUCAAAUUGGAUGACCCCCAGCUGGAUCCCAGGGACUGGUGGUCACUUGGCUUUAGCCUCUUUUUCUCUUGUGGUCCUGUCAAUUCUAGAAACGUUUGUUUCCCCUUUCUUGCAGUUGACGGAUGCCAGCUAUGUCAGAAACAUCAUAAAUAGCAUUUCUCCACGUUAGAAGCAGAUGGGUUCUCUAGAGAGGGUGUAUCCCUGGUCCAACCUGACUGUGGGGCCCAACACCUGGUCCUCUCCUGUCCCAAACACACCUCUCUUAUUCAGGUUGGGAAAUUAACAAUGAUUGAUUCUGCCAUGUUCCGGGUACCCCUGACCCCACACCCAUUGUGAGGAGUGGGGUUCAGGACAAAGUGCUACAGACCAGGUCCCUCUGCUAAGGUCACAUGGGCAGCAGAUGAUUGAGUAAUAUUUACAUUAGAAUUAGCUUUGUCCCCCAGAUCAGGGCACUCACCCAUGCAUUGUCCCCUACAUCUUGCAUGCAGGGCCCCAGAAUGGGAAGGAGGACUCUGCCCCAGACACAAGGGGCACUGAGAGACAGGAGGGACUCAUGGGCAUGUUCCCAGGAAGUGGAGGUGGAUGAUGACACAGGAAAAUAGAGAAGUCCAUGAAGGCUGUGACAGAAAGAAAGCCCACACUCUAAGGCCAGGAGAGGGCUGUGUUUCCUUCCCUAUUUCCCUGUAUUUCUCCUCUGUGUUCAUUGCCAUGGUGACCUUGACCUGAAUCAUGCAGAAAUGCCACAGGUAUGUCUGCACUGACAUGAGGCCACAGAAGAUCUAGAACCCUCGUCACCUACAGCGUCUCCAGAGCCUGGGAACCCCAUGUGUGGUGGCACCCCCAGGAUGUGGUGAGAAUGACGGAGAACCCAUAGGGGAGUCUCUGGGAGGGAAGGACGUGCCCUGGUCUCCUCACCUAGACAGGGCAUCUCAGGAAAACUCGGGGUCCACUUACUGCACCUUCAUGGACACCAGAGCCACCCCCUGGGGACAGGCUGUUCUCCUUCCUGUGGGGCUGCUGACGUGACAACCCCAUGACCAGGCGGACCAGCCCCCAAGUGGCCACACCCUGUGCUUCUGUCUGUCCUGCGGGCACUGAGAUCCCUCCAUCUGCACAGCAGGGCAGAGGCAGAGACGCCAUGAACCCCACCCUCACAGCCCUGCUUCUCCUCGGGCUGAGUGUGGGCCCCAGGACCCGAGGGCAGGCAGGGACCCUCCCCAAACCCACCAUCUGGGCUGAGCCAGGCCUUGUGGUCCCCUGGGGGACACCUGUGACCAUCUGCUGUCAGGGGACUCAGGAGUCCCAAGUGUUCCUUCUGGAUGAAGAGGGAAGAUUAGGGCUUCGGGAUGUUCAUUUCCCAAAGAAGCCUGGGAACACGGCCAAGUUCUCCAUCACACACAUGACAGAUAGACAUGCAGGACAGUAUCACUGUUCCUAUCGAAGCCCCGCUGGCUUGUCAGAGCGCAGUGACCCCCUGGAGCUGGUGGUGACAGGUUUCCAUGCCAAACCCACUCUCUCAGCCCUGCCCAACCCCAUGGUGACCUCAGGAGGGAAGGUGACCCUCCAGUGCACCUCAUGGACGGGAUUCCAUAGGUUCGUCCUGAUGAGGGAAGGAGAACCCAGACCCGCCUGGACCCUCGACUCCCAGCGACCCACCAGUGGACAGUUCCAGGCCCUGUUUCCUGUGGGCCCUGUGACCCCCAGCGCCAGGUGGACGUUCAGAUGCCAUGGCUAUUUCAACAACACUCCCCAGUUGUGGUCAUACCCCAGUGACCCCCUAGAACUGCUGGUCUCAGGUGUGUCCAGGAAGCCCUCCCUCCUGACCCAGCAGAGCCCUGUUGUGACCCCUGGACAGAGGCUGACCCUCCAGUGUCGCUCUCAUGUCGGCUAUGACAGAUUCGCUCUGUACAAGGAGGCGGCACAUGACCUUCCCCAGCACCUUAGCCGGCAGCCCCAGGCUGGGCCCUCGGGGGCCGACUUCCUCCUGGGUCCAGUGAGUGGCUCCCACGGGGGCCGGUACACAUGCUAUGGUGGACACAACCUCUCCUCCGAGUGGUCGGCCCCCAGUGACCUGGACAUCCUGGUCACAGGACAGCUCCCCUCCACACCCUCCCUCUCAGUGCAGCCAGGACCCAUGGUGGCCUCAGGGGAGAAUGUGAUCCUGCUGUGUCAGUCCUGGAGCUUUGUGGACACUUUCCUUCUGUCCAAGGAGGAGGCACCCGAACCCCCCCUGCGUCUUAGAUCAGAGUACCGAGAUGGGCAUUACCAGGCCAAAUUCUCCAUGAAUCCUGUGACCUCAGCCCAGGGGGGGACCUACAGGUGCUACGGCUCAUACAGCACCUCCCCCUACCUGUUGUCACACCCCAGUAACCUGGAGCUCCAGGUCUCAGUAGCAGCUGACACCAUCAGCCCACCCCAAAACAAGUCAGACCCCAACAUUGCCUCCAACUCCAGAGAUUACACGCUGGAGAAUCUCAUCCGCAUGGGUGUGGCAGGCUUGGUCCUGGUGGUCCUCGGGAUUCUGCUAUUUCAGCCUCGACACAGCCACAGAAGAACCCCAGAUGCAACCAGGAGACAAACACAAUGAGAAAAUGGAGGCAACCCACCAUUCUGUGUGGCAGAGCUCUGGGAAUGAACCUAAUGGUCCAGGGGGUUCUGGAAGAAAAUCUGCAGCUUUGCCAGCAGAACUGUCUGCUGAGAAACUGCCUGGGCUGUUGCCUGGCCAGGACUCUUCGUCCAUGAACUGUGAUACUUUCCCUCCUGCCAUUGAUGGAUUCCCUUCACUGCCACCCUGUCUUUUUUCAUCCCUGUGACAGGAGGGUACAUCUCACACUGGUUUAGGUUCAUACCUUCCUACAGUGUCAUGUUCUGGUCCACUUUACUGGGAUACAUUUUCCUUUAUUUUCAAUUUUCACAUUCCCUAAUGUGUGCUGUCUACUUCCAUUCCUUCAGCACCAAACAAAAUAUCUGUUUUAAUAAGCGAGUAAGUGGGUGAAAAUCAGAUCCACUUUGUGACAGAGAAAUCCAAAACCAAUGCCUUAACUCCCUCUGGACUCAUAAAGCUCUUUGCUCCUCAUCCAAUGAUUCCUGGGUAUUUUCCAGAAAUACCCGUAGUUGGACUGAGCACAGGGUUGUCUGAAGUGACAGCCUGGUGUUGGGCCGCUAUACUGGUUCAUGAAAUAAUCAUUUUUUAAAAAGCUGCUUCCCACGGCGUUUGCCCAUUUCUUCGGUGUAAACACGCCCUUCAUGGCCAACAUCAAGAUGUCAUGUGAAUGCACUGUGUGCCCAGCAUGGACACAGUCAUCUUUCACAGGUGAGUGUGAUCCAGCUGUGGGACACCUCACUGGUAACCCCAGCAUGUACGUAUGCUUCCUUCUAUUUGUAAGAUCCUUGGAUUUACUACCUCAGUGUAAUGCCACAGUUUCAGUGAAUUGUAAUCUCCAUUCCUAGUACAUUCACAUGAGAGGCAAGAGAACACAAUUGCAAAAUCGAUUGUUGGAGAAAAUACCGUGUACUUAGAAUUCCAAUACAUUACUGGUAGGAGUAUAAAUUGUUCCAUUCAAUUUGGGGAGUAGAUCAGAUUCACCUGGUCAAAGGAAGAGACACAGCUCUGUCCCACAACUCUAUGCCCUAGAGGAAACCGUGUGCAUAUGCAUGCUGAUAUAUGCAUGAGAAUAUUGACAAGGGUGUCAUUUAGUGUAGAUAAAACCAUACAAACAAAUCAACAGUUUCAAACACCACAUUAAAUAAAUGAAAGAAAACAUCAAGAAGCCUGUAUGUAGGAUUAUUCCAUCACAUACUUAAUGUCAAGAAGAGACCACAGUUAUUAUUUAAGCAGGCAUGACUAACUUCAGCCCUAUAAAGAAUGGAAGGAAAAGCUUCCUAUGCAAUCCAUUAUGGUGGUAACCAUAUAAAUGCCUGAGCUUCAUAUAGGUCUGUCCUUAAGAGUCUGCCUGUUCCACCUCACUACCUCCCCCUCUGACCUAUCCAAGCACUUUCCUGAGCAGCUGGCUCAGCUGGACCAUCACUCCCAGCUCAUUUGUGGACUGUCUUUCCCUCAGUCUCAGUAAAUUUAGGGCAGGCAGCUGUGUUCAGGGAUGCUGGCAUAUGGGGACAGGGUCUCUGCACUCCAUUCCCAGCAGAAACUUACUGGAGGCUUGACCUUGAAAACAGAGGCAGAUUCCCUCAGCCUUAGUGUUGUCAUGAAAAGCGGAAAUGAUAUUUUGGUGGUGGAGAGUUUCUGACACAAGGAAAUCUCCGAUGACAGGCUUUUGAAAUAAUUUAUGCUCCACAGACAGUAGUCCUUCCUUUAUUGACCUUCCUUGUGGAGAAGAGAAAAAAAUUAGGGCCCCUUGAAGAGAGGCUCCCAUUCCUUCCUGGGCUUUCCUUGCAGCAGGGUCCCAGAUGUGCUGGUCCCUUUCUAUGGCAGUGAUCAUGUGACCCUCCACACCUAUGGAAAGAGGGAUGCUCUGAGCUCCAGAAUAACCGGGUUCUCUGAGGUCCCAGAACAAGACAGUAGACCCCAAUCAAUAACUGUGGGCAUUGUAAAUGCCGUGAACAAAACAGCUCUUGGAGACUGUAGAGUCCACUUAGGAAGUUUUAGUGACACAGCAGAACAGAAAGACUGAGAAUAGUCUUAUAAGAAAGGAAGGACAAUAUCGUCAUCAAAUUUUGUUGCUUUGAUUCAGUGAGCCACAAUAGUUGGAAACAAGGAUUAUCAGAAAAUUUUGGGAUGAUAUCUAUGUUUCUGAAAAAGGAAGAGUUCAGCAGGCUGAUGAACAAUAUCUAAGUUGUCCAGCUACAGAAACAGCAAGAUACCAGAUUAUUUUUCAGACUUUUUUGGUGAUAUUUUAAAGAUUCAAUAAAAGCUGUACUGA